CCCACGACUUCAUCGACCCCCUCAACCCCACGGCGCUCCCGGCUUCCCCUUUCGGAAUCGGGAAAGCCGUGACGGUUGUCCCACGACGACACUACGGCUGGCGCACAUCACACGCGCAGUCCAAUCUUUUGCCGCUGGCUUAGCGAGCGUCCAUGGCGGUGAUAUAUUUCAAGCGGGCGGCCGUGGAUCGCCCGGCCAUGUUUGUCUCUGGUUCUGCUCUUUUGCUCUUCAUCUCUCGCAUUGGUUUCUGCUAAAGACACUUCGACUCCACGAUGGCGCCCAUUGCAAUCACCCCCGAGGCCACCGAGACGCCCGUCGCCGUCUCCGCCGAGAUCAAGCGCAUCCAGACUGAGGAUGCUGAGACCAUUGACCUGGUCCUGCGCCAGUUCCGCUGCUUGAUUGCGGACUUGUGCCAGCAGUUCAAUGGCGGUCACCCAGGCGGUGCCAUGGGCAUGGCCGCAAUUGGCCUUGCGCUCUGGAAAUACGUCAUGAAGUACUCUCCCAGCAACCCCGACUACUUCAACCGAGACCGCUUCGUCCUCUCCAACGGCCACACCUGUCUGUUCCAGUACACGUUCCUACACUUGACGGGCUACAAGCAGAUGACCUUCGACCAGCUCAAGUCUUACCACUCUGCCCGCUACGACUCCUUCGCCCCCGGCCACCCCGAAAUUGAGCAUGAGGGCAUCGAGGUCACCACCGGGCCGCUGGGCCAGGGCAUUGCCAACGCCGUCGGUCUCGCCAUGGCCACCAAGCACCUGGCCGCCACCUACAACAAGCCCAACUACGAGCUCGUCAACAACACCACCUGGUGCAUGAUUGGCGACGCCUGCCUUCAGGAGGGUGUCUCCAUGGAGGCUAUCCAGCUGGCCGGCCACUGGAAGCUCAACAACCUCGUUGUCAUGUACGACAACAACCAGAUCACCUGCGACGGCAGUGUCGACCUCUGCAACACCGAGGACGUCAACGCCAAGAUGCGCGCUUGCGGCUGGGACGUUAUCGAGAUCGAGGACGGCUGCUACGACGUCGAGGGUAUCGUCAAGGCUCUCCUCCAGGCCAAGGCCAGCACCGAGAAGCCCACCUUCAUCAACGUCCACACCGUCAUCGGUGUUGGCAGCAACGUCGCCGGCGAUGCCAAGGCUCACGGUGCGGCUUUCGGCGCCGAGGGUGUCAAGGGCGUCAAGGAGUUCUUCGGCCGCAACACCGAGGAAAAGUUCGUCGUCACCGACGAGGUCUACAACUACUUCCGCCCCCUGACCACUCGUGGCCAACGUAUCGAGGAGGACUGGGGCAACCUAGUCAGCUCAUAUGCCAAGGAGUACCCCGAGCUCCACGAGGAGUUCCAGAAGCGCAUCGAGGGCCGCUUCACCGACGACUGGCGCAGCAUCAUUCCCGCCAAAGAGACCUUCCCCACUGCUCCCACCGCUUCCCGAAAGUCUGCCGGUAUCAUCUGCAACCCUCUAGCCGCCAAGUUGAAGAACUUCAUGGUCGGAACCGCCGAUCUGUCUCCCUCGGUCAACAUGAUCUGGAAGGACAAGGUCGAUUUCCAAAACCCCGGGCUGAAGACCACCUGCGGUAUCAACGGCGACUACAGCGGCCGAUACAUCCACUGGGGUAUCCGUGAGCACGCCAUGGCCUCCAUCUCCAACGGUCUCGCCGCCUACAGCAAGGGCACCAUCCUCCCCAUCACCUCCAGCUUCUUCAUGUUCUACAUUUACGCCGCCCCUGGUGUCCGCAUGGGCGCCCUACAGGGCCUCCAGUCCAUCCACAUCGCCACCCACGACUCCAUCGGCACUGGCGAGGACGGCCCUACCCACCAGCCCAUCGCUCUCCCCGCCCUCUACCGCGCCAUGCCCAACAUUCUCUAUAUCCGCCCCGCCGACACCGAGGAGACGGCCGGCGCCUUCAUCACCGCCCUCGAGGCCAAGAACACCCCCACCAUCAUCUCCCUCUCCCGCCAAAACCUCGAGCAAUACCCCCAGUACUCGAGCCGAGACGGCGCCCAGAAGGGUGCCUACGUCUUUAUCGAGGAGGAGAACGCCGACGUGACCCUCAUUGGCGUUGGUGCCGAGAUGGUCUUCGCCGUCAAGACCCGCGAAGUUCUCAAGGAAAAGUACGGUAUCAAGGCCCGUGUCGUAUCCUUCCCCUGUCAGCGUAUCUUCAACGCCCAGUCCAUCGAGUACAAGCGCGAGGUGUUGCAGUACCGCAGCAGCGCCCCCCGCGUCGUCAUCGAGGCCUACGCCGUCAACGGCUGGGAGCGAUAUGCCGACGCCGGCUUCUCCAUGGCCAGCUUCGGCAAGUCCCUGCCCGGCAAGGACGCCUACAAGUUCUUCGGCUUCGACGAGAGCGUCAUCGCCCCGGAGGUUGCCAAGCUGGUGGAGGAGGUUAAGAAGGAGGGCAUCGAGUCCCUCCGUGGCGAGUUCAGGGACCUCAACCCUGCCGCCAAGCACGAGCACUAAGACGGGGAUUAUAAAAUAUAUAGACGGGACACCCUGCGGAUGUAAUACGACUGAGAUGACAUGAUAAACGGUUAAAUAGGAUAAAUAUACUAUCGUCAACGAC